CUCUCCAUCCUUACAAUGUAGUAGAAAAAAAUAGCAUUUGUUGGGGGCUCUCCAGCAGUAGCCAUGGCUUACUCGUUAUACUGUAGCAUACCCAAGAAACCAAUAAGCUCAAUCGUCAUUUCAUCUCCCCAUAUCAUGUUCAACUCUGUUCACAAAUUCGUCCCUCCGGUAACUCCAUCACUUUUUCCCUCUCGGUAUUGCACAUGGUCGUCCGUUUCAUCAUCUGUAGCUGAGACAGAUGAACACUAUCGACAAAGUCCUCGACUUGUUGCCAAAGAAUAUGCUGACCUUAAUCUUGCUGACAAAUUUACUGAGGAUGUUGGCAAUCUUCGAAUAAGGCAGCAUGUCAACCCUCUGCGACGUGCUCUCAUGAUUCCUGCAGAAGCACCGAACUGGAUGGAGGUGUUCGGGGAUGCAACAUUACCUCUGAUGGUGGAUAUUGGGAGUGAUUCCAUUGUCCUAUGGUCUUGUAAUUUCUUAGAUCUUAGAAAGGAGAUUGCAGGUAGUGGGAGAUUUCUUAUGUGGCUUGCUAAAAGAAAUUCUUCAUCCAUGAAUUAUCUGGGAUUGGAAAUUCGGCCUAAGUUGGUCACACGGGCUGAGUACUGGGUAAACGAGCUGGGUCUGAAAAAUGUACAUUUCAUCUCUACGAAUGCCAUGGUUUCCUUCCAACGACUUGUAUCUACAUAUCCUGGACCACUGAUGCUUGUUUCGAUCUUGUGCCCAGACCCGCACUUCAAGAAAAAACAUCAUAAAAGAAGAGUGGUGCAGAAGCCUUUGGUUGAUUCCAUAGUGAAUAAUUUAGCACAUGGCGGACAGGUCUUUAUACAAUCUGAUGUGCUUGAUGUGGCACUUGACAUGAGGGAUUAUUUUGAUACUGUGCCUGAUAAACUUGUACAUGUAGAUAGUGUUGAUCCAAGUUUACCUUGUGAUGGUGAUGGAUGGGUCUUGAACAACCCAAUGGGGAUAAGAACUGAAAGGGAGAUCCAUGCAGAAUUUGAAGGUUGCAAAAUCUACAGAAGGGUUUACAAAAAAGUUCAACAUUAAUUCUCUGGUUCAUAACUUGCUAUUUUGGAGUUAAGGAUCACUCAAUUUUGUUCUUAGCCUUCUGCUGGGAUUAGAGUUUCUAGGAUCUUUGAAAUGCCCUUCAAUAUACAAUUCUAUCUUUGUACAACUCAUUCUAAAGCAUCCCACAAUACAAAGUUAUAACUAUGGAGCUUGAAGUUCAUCAGUUUGACAGUUGAGGGAGUGGGCUUGAUGGCACAAUGAGGCCCCUUCAAAAGGAGGGCAUGUAACCUACAUCUCAUAUGAACACUAGCUCUCUUUUUUCCUUUCUUCUCAUUUUUUCUUCAUUAUAUCAUUGUAGUUUGUACGAUGGAAUGUAGUCUUUAGUUGGAAUAUUAGAAGUUUCUUGGCUAACUACGCUAAGAUACUGGUCAA